AUGCGUUGGGUGGCGUGUAUGGUGGGUGAUAUUCAUCGUAUUUUAUGUCGUAGCGAUCCUAAAAAAGCAGGUCGUCUACGUUUAAUGUAUGAAGCCAACCCAAUGAGUAUGUUAAUGGAACAAGCUGGCGGCGCAUCGACUACAGGUCGUACACGUAUUCUAGAGAUUCAACCGACUGAGUUACAUCAACGUGUUCCUGUUAUCAUUGGUUCUAAGAAUGAAGUUGAGCUUGGAGUAACGCCAGCUAGGGUAACGAAGGUCAAGGCGUUUCAGAUUUUGCCCUUAAACGCGCAGAAGCGGUAUCUAUUCCUCAACCUGGUGGUCAAGAAUCCCUCAAUGUUGCAGUUGCAGGCUCGAUUUGUUUCUUUGAAAUGGUUAGACAACGACUAUAAGAUAUGA